AUGGACAUUUCUGUUGCUCAAUAUGUAGCUUUCUAUGGGGUCAUACUUGUGAUUGGAUGGCUAUUACACUGGGUAUACAGAUGGAUUAACCCAGUUUGCAACGGGGUUCUUCCUCCCGGCUCCAUGGGAGUGCCAAUUAUUGGUGAGACCUUGGACUUCCUCAAGGCAAGCCCUUCCUUGGACAUCCCAGACUUUUUGAAACUAAGGAUGAAAAGGUACGGCCCGGUUUUCAAGACAAGCUUGCUGGGUCAGCCUGUAGUUAUUUCCACCGACGCAGAGGUGAAUCGAUUUGUUUUUCAGCACGAGGACACCUUGUUCAGUAUCGGGUACCCUUGGGUAGUGACUAAAAUAUUCGGUGAGAAGAGCAUCCAGGCCUUCCAUGGCUCAAUCCACAAGUUCGUCCGUAGAUGCACCUUCACACUGCUCGGCCUCCAAAGCCUCAGAGAGGUGCUCCUUCCUGAGAUGGAGGGCGCCGUCAGGGAGCGCCUUGCUGCAUGGGCCACCAUGCCGAGCGUCGACGUGCGCGGCGGUGCGCCUGACCUUCUGUUCGAGAUGGUGACGAGGAGGUGCAUUGGUUUCGAUUCCACCAAGUCAAGACAACUGAGGGACAAGUUCCAUGCGCUUUUCUCAGGCUUGUUCUCCUUUCCAAUAUAUUUCCCAGGGACACCAUUUUACCGAUGCAUGCAGGCCAGGAAAAAUGUGCAGAAGAUACUACGGGAUACGUUGGCGGAGAGGUUAAGUACACCAGGGAAGAAACAUGGCGACCUCCUUGACGUAAUUGUCCAAGAGCUGCAGGGUGAAGGGCCAUUAAUAAGUGAGAGUUUUGCUGUUGAUUUGGUCUCCACGUUGUUGUUCUCCAGCGUCUUCACGUUAUCAGGAAUAAUCGCUGUAGCAUUCAAAUCACUCCAUGACAACCCGGACGUUGUCCAUGCCCUCCAGAAAGAGAACCGAGCUAUGCUCAAGGAUCGAAAGGGUGGGUGCUCUGGGCUCACAUGGGAGGAGUACAAGUCAUUAACAUUCACUAAUCAGGUGACCAAUGAGAUUAUUCGAAUAAGCAAUGCCGUAGUUGGAAUAUUCAGAAGAACUCUCACCGAUGUACAAGUGAACGGCUACACAAUUCCAGCCGGGUGGCAGGUCAUUGUGAACCCCAUGGCAGUUCAUCUCAACGAAGAAUUGUUCGAAGACCCACUGAAAUUUAACCCAUGGAGGUGGCUGGAUGAGUCAAAGCGCAGCACAAUGUUGAAGAAUUUCUUGCCAUUCGGAGCAGGCAUCAGGGCAUGUCCUGCCGCAGAGUUUGUCAAGCUGUUUGUAACACUUACCCUCCAUAUUUUGGUGAUGGAGUAUAGAUGGGAAGAAAUCAAAGGAGCUGAUGCAUUUCGUAGCGCGGAUGUUAUGUUCCCACUGGGCUAUCACAUUCGACUUAGAACACAGGACGACAAAAUUAAUUGA